AGCCCCAGGCGGGAGAGCUGCGCUCACUGCCUGCCGGAAGGACGGUCCCCGCGGGAGCCAGGGACCGACCGCGGCGUCCGAGCGGGCGGAAUUCGCGCCUGGCCCGGGCACGGUCCGAAGUCCGCGCUAUGGGAGAAGAGAAAUACUUGCCGGAGCUGAUGGCAGAGAAGGAUAGCCUGGAUCCAUCUUUUGUGCACGCGUCGCGCCUUCUGGCGGAAGAAAUUGAGAAAUUUCAAGGUUCAGAUGGAAAAAAGGAAGACGAAGAAAAGAAAUAUCUUGAUGUCAUCAGCAACAAAAACAUAAAGCUUUCUGAAAGAGUAUUGAUUCCUGUUAAGCAAUACCCAAAGUUCAAUUUUGUGGGGAAAUUGCUUGGACCAAGAGGAAACUCCCUGAAGAGGCUACAGGAAGAAGCAGGUGCUAAGAUGUCUAUCCUGGGCAAAGGAUCCAUGCGAGACAAGGCAAAGGAAGAAGAGCUGAGGAAGAGCGGAGAGGCCAAGUAUGCACACCUGAGUGAUGAACUGCAUGUAUUAAUUGAAGUGUUUGCUCCACCUGGGGAAGCUUAUUCACGGAUGAGUCAUGCCUUGGAAGAGAUUAAAAAAUUCCUGGUUCCUGACUACAAUGAUGAAAUUCGUCAAGAACAACUCCGAGAGUUGUCUUAUUUAAAUGGCUCCGAAGAGUCUGGCCGUGGCCGAGGUCUUAGAGGCAGAGGAAUCAGAAUAACUCCCAUAGCUCCUUCAAGGGGCCGUGGGGGUGCUAUUCCUCCACCACCACCACCUGGACGCGGUGUUCUUACCCCUCGGGGGACCACUGUGACCCGUGGAGCUCUUCCAGUGCCCCCAAUAGCGAGAGGUGUCCCUACACCUCGUGCUCGUGGGACCGCAGCAGUACCCGGGUACAGAGCACCCCCACCUCCAGCCCACGAGGCUUAUGAAGAAUACCCAUCAUUACCAGCUCCAUCCUUUUAUGACACAAUGGGAAAGAGUCACAGGGGGUACGAUGAUGGCUAUGGGGGUGAAUACGAUGACCAGACCUAUGAGGCUUACGAUAAUAGCUACGUGACCCCGACACAAAGUGUGCCUGAAUACUAUGACUACGGUCAUGGAGUAAAUGAGGAUGCCUACGACAGCUAUGCACCAGAAGAAUGGGCCACAACUCGUUCCAGCCUGAAGGCACCUCCACCAAGGUCAGCCAGAGGGGGAUACAGGGAACACCCCUAUGGUAGAUAUUGAAGGUCCUCUUCACCUGUGACCUCCUCAGAGACAGUUCAUAGCCUCUGGUCUCCACAUAAACAGCAACAAGACAAGUAAUAGUCCUUUUGUUUGUUUGUUUGUUUUUUCUAUUCUAGGGAUAAAUGCUCAUAAUUAUCCCCACUUAUUUCUUGUAUUUCCCUCAAUACUGUUGACGUGACAUUGAAACUAGUAUUAUUUUACAAAACAGACUGAAAAAAAUCAUUGGCAAGCAUAGUUUAUAAACCAUUCAGUAGGAUGAUAUUCUCUUGGUUGUUUUUUUUUUUUUAACUGUUGUGUGUAAAACCCCUUACCCCUUUUUGUUUUAGUAUCAUGUCCUUUUUCUUUUGUAAGAAAGAGCAUGAAUCUGUUAGCAGAUUUUGAGUCUCAACCAACUAGCAUAACCUUUGUCUAGGGUUGAUAAAAGACUGUAAUAUGAUUUUGAACUAGCUGAUAAUAAAGUUGUAGAUAAGAUGUUUUAACCUGUCUUUUAAUAUCUGUUAGUCAGAUGGAGAUGUUCAAUAUUAAGUUGUAAAUUUAAUUUUUAAAUGCUGUUUUAAUGGGGUUGAAAACAAGUGGCUACUGUAUGUAUGUAGCUAACUGAAUUUGUUCAGUGUUUUAACCUGUAUUUGUUAAAAAAAGAGAAAAAGAAAAAACACACAUAAAGUUCCAUGUGUAAGCUUCUCUAAAUAGGCACCACAAUUUGUCAAAUAUGUUUGCCAUAAUUUGUCAAUAAAGCUGAAGGCUUUUGUAAAAACUAAAUUUGGAAUUACUUGUUUUCUAACUUUAAAUGCCUGCUUUAUUUCUUCUUCAAGAGAUG